GUCAUCAGCAGCUGUGACGUCUUAUUUACGCGUCGGUGUUUUAGUUCAAGUCGGCGCACAGCACUGUUUGUGCUGUUACUGCAGUUGUCUGUAGCGGUUACCAUCAUGGUGGUGUUUCCAAGUUCACUGACGGAGGAAGAGGAGGCCCUGCAAAAGAAAUAUGCUAAACUAAAGAAAAAGAAAAAGGCGCUGCUUGCCUUGAAGAAGCAGAGCUCAACCAAUCAGACAAGCCAGAGUGGCUUGAAACGGACAUUGUCGGACCAGCCUGUCGUUGACACUGCAACAGCGACAGAGCAAGCAAAGAUGCUCAUCAAGUCGGGUGCCAUCAGCGCCAUCAAAUCAGAGAACAAGAACUCGGGCUUUAAACGCUCUCGAAUGCUGGAGAUUAAACUCAAGGACCCUGAGAAAGGCCCAGUUCCUGCUUUCUUACCGUUCCAAAGGAGCGUCUCUACAGAUGAAGAACAACCUGAGUCAGGGAAGAGAGCCCAGAGGAAAUCUCUGUACGAGAGCUUUGUUAGUUCAAGCGACCGAUACCGGGACGAGGAUGACGGAGGCGGCAUGUCAUCCAGCCGCGACAUGGACAGAGAGCGGGACCGCGACCGUGACCGAGAGCUGGACAGGGAACGGGACAGGGAUAGAGAUAGAGACCGGGACAGGGACAGAGACAGAGACAGAGGCAGGGACAGAGACAGAGAACGGGACCGAGAAAGAGACAGAGACCGGAGCAGAGACAGGGAUCGAGACCGAGACAGGGACCGGGACCGAGAGAGAGAUGGACCGUUUAGACGGUCAGACUCGUACCCAGAGCGGAGAGGAGUGCGAAAGGGGAAUACAGUGUACGUUUACGGCUCUGGGCUUGUCGAGGACAGCCUGCGCUCUGCCUUCUCUCAACAUGGAAACAUCAUCGACCUCUCCAUGGACAACCCACGCAAUUGUGCAUUUAUCACGUUUGAGAAGAUGGAGUCUGCGGACCAGGCUGUAGCUGAGUUGAAUGGGAGCACGGUGGGAGAUGUUCACAUCAAAGUCAGCAUCGCCAGGAAGCAGCCCAUGCUGGAUGCUGCCACCGGCAAAUCUGUGUGGGCUUCACUGGCUGUGCAGAACAGCACCAAAGGCUCCUACAGGGACAAGAGGAACCAAGUCGUAUACAGUGAAGAUUUCCUUUGAGUGGGGGGGGAGUUUUUUGUAUUUUGUCAUAGAGCUUUUUGUGUUUUUGUUUUAAUGAACUGUUGCCCAGCUGCUUAAGGUUUCUGUGUUGCAGGAUAAAUACAAAUCUUCUGUUGUCUUUUGGAUAACAGAUCACUGUAGUUCACAUGAUGGGUAUGUGACGCUGUGUGUGGCAGCUUUGCUCAUGAAAGAGAUUCUGUUUUAAUAAAUAGUAUCCAUACAUUGUUA